UAAUUUUCAGUAAUAAAAUUUGGUGUAAGGUUCAAAGAACGGAAAAGAGUUUAGCGAGGCUGACUAAUCCAAGUUUGAACUACUGACGGGAAUACAAACGGAACGAGAUACUGGGCGCUGCACAUUUCCGCCGACUGCGUGGCAAAUACUGGAACGAAAGCGUAGAGGCACCGAACAAAAAAUGGGAAUCCUGUUAAAAGAAAAAUGGACAGCCUGAAUACCAACGGCAACAACACUCAUGAAUUUUGUAGUAUUCAGUACAAACAUUUCGUGGCACCGUACGGAGAACUCUGGUGUAAUCCGGUAUGGGAUUCGUUGCUCUGUUGGCCGCCAAUGAAAGCUUCUACGACGGCAAAGCAGCGAUGCCCCUUUGUGGAUGGAUUUGAUACGACCAAAUCCGUAGAGAAAAAAUGUGGCUACAAUGGACGGUGGGAGGCACAGAACGGCACAAGCAUAAACGAGGAAUCAUUCAUAGGCUGGGCGAAUUAUACUACCUGUUUAACGCCAGAAAUGCUGUGGCUUCACUACAGAGUCUACAAUAAUAAUGUCGAGGGCGAGAUGAAAAUGGAAAUAGCAGAGAAGACACGUACUCUUGAAUUUGUCGGUCUCAGUAUAUCUCUGGUAGCUUUGCUCGCUUCUCUGGUGAUUUUCUGUCGAUUCAGAUCGUUGCGAAACACGAGGACUAGAAUUCAUAAGAAUCUCUUUGUCGCCAUGGUCGUGCAAGUACUGAUAAGAUUAACGUUGUACAUAGACAUCGCGAUCUACCGUAGGAAACCGCACGGAAUGCACCGAGGAAUAGGAAAUACUCCAGUGUUGUGCGAGGCCAGUUACGUGCUGCUGGAGUACGUCAAGACUGCGAUGUUUAUGUGGAUGUUCAUAGAGGGUCUGUUUCUGCACAACAUGGUGACUGUGACGGUUUUUCAAGAGACGUCUUAUUACCGGAUGUAUCGAUUUGUUGGAUGGGGAUGUCCAGUACUGAUGACCUCGGCUUGGGCCGUUGUUAUGGCAUUUUAUUAUCAUCCGAAAUCAAAAUUUCCUAGAUGCUGGUCAGGAUACAAUUUAUCGUCCUACUUUUGGAUUCUUGAGGGACCUAGAUUCGCAGUGAUAUUGCUCAAUUUUUUGUUUUUGCUGAAUAUUAUAAGAGUGCUCGUGGUGAAGCUUCGGCAAAGUCACACAAGCGAAAUUGAACAAGUUUUGAAAGCCGUAAGGGCAGCCGUGGUACUUUUACCGUUAUUAGGCAUUACUAACAUGCUCUUCAUAAUCGAAGCGCCUCUGGAUAACGUAAGCAAAUUCGCUGUGUGGUCCUACUCCACUCAUUUCCUGCGAUCGUUUCAGGGCCUUUUCAUCGCGACGCUUUAUUGUUUUCUUAAUGGCGAAGUAAAACUCGCUUUGGAUAAAACCAUUGCUGUUUAUCUUUCUCUAAGAGGAGGCGAUCUACAGACCAGAAGACAGUCGACCCUUAGCGGCGGUCAAUCUCACCGAAUAACUUCGGUGAUCGUAAUGGAAGAGGAAGAAACGAGACCUACCGGGUUGAUGAGACUGUGUUGUCGCGGUGGAAAUACUCCGCCAGAUCGGCCUGUCGAAAUACAAGAACAGAGAGAUAAAAAAAUUGAAUGCGUACUUUUUCGAGGACAGCAGCCUAAUCGUAAUAAAUGCGCAAAUCUCCCAACGUCUGGCAGCCAAUCUCACAGUAAAAUAAUUCCUUGGAUCGUCGAAUUAUCAGUACUACAUUCGGAUUUUCGAUCAAAGGAAACGGAUUUUCCUUUGCCGGAGAUUGACAGUAUUGACACAGUAUGCAUUACGUCACAGUAACUGAGGCGGAAUUUUCUCAUAAGAAUCUAACUGUAAUUAA